AGCAGGCGGAAGUGGUACUGCCCUGAAUACCCUGAGCAGCGAGCGGAGGACGGCUUCACAAAACUCCCAUCGUUCAGAGAAUAAAAUCGGGAUUCUUGUACGCUCAACAUCCUAAAACAUGGAUAAGAACGACCUGGUGCAGAAAGCCAAGCUGGCCGAGCAGGCCGAGCGCUACGACGACAUGGCGGCCGCCAUGAAGGCCGUGACGGAGCAGGGCCUGGAGCUCAGCAACGAGGAGCGCAACCUGCUCUCCGUCGCCUACAAGAACGUGGUGGGGGCGCGGCGCUCAUCCUGGCGCGUCAUCUCCAGCAUCGAGCAGAAGACGGAGGGGAACGAGAAGAAGCAGCAGAUGGCCAGAGAGUACCGCAUGAAGAUAGAGACGGAGCUGCAGGAGAUCUGCCAGGACGUGCUGAACCUGCUCGACAAAUUCCUCAUCGCCAACGCCACCCAGGCGGAGAGCAAGGUGUUCUACCUCAAAAUGAAAGGAGACUACUUCAGGUACCUGUCGGAGGUCGCCUCCGGGGACUCAAAGAAGGACACGGUGGGGAACUCUCAGCAGGCCUACCAGAAAGCCUUCGACAUCAGCAAGAAGGACAUGCAGCCCACGCACCCCAUCCGGCUCGGCCUGGCGCUCAACUUCUCCGUCUUCUUCUACGAAAUCCUCAACUCGCCCGAGCAGGCCUGCACCCUGGCCAAGCAGGCCUUCGACGAGGCGAUCGCUGAGCUCGACACUCUGAACGAGGACUCGUACAAAGACAGCACGCUGAUCAUGCAGCUAUUAAGGGACAACCUCACUCUGUGGACAUCAGAAAACCAGGGCGACGAGGGCGAGACUGGAGACGGGGACAACUAGAGCUUCACUGUUACCCAUGACCCCGCCCUCCUCCUCCUCCUCCUCCUUUUGGUCUCUCUUCCUCUCUCAUCCUCCUCUUCGUACACAUAAAACAGCCCCUCCCCCUCUCUGUUCCACCUUCUUCAGGCCCCGCCCCCCUCUGUGUAACCAACAGCAUGAAUAGUACCUGACCUUCACACACAGAUGAUAAAUAAUAAAGAAAUAAAAGAGGGGAGGGGGGUGAGAAAAGAGAAGCUACUCCAUCACCCGACUCUUCCUCCUCCUCCUCCUCCUCUUCCUCCUGCUCCCUUUGAUCAUGGCACUCCAAGGCUCUCAGUCUCGUCUUCUAGCACGCAGGGAGGGGUUUUAUCCAAAAAUAAAAGAAGAAUAAAUGUCUUUUUAAAAGCC